AGACAUCCACCAUGGGCAACACUGGCCGUGGCUGGCAGCGAGGUCCUGGGCACAAGCCAAACCCCCCCGGGGUGGUGGAGCAGACCCCCUGCCAGGGCAGGCUGGCCCCCUCAACACAGCCCUGGAGGUUUCCAGGAAAACCACAGGCUCUAUUCUCCCUCCCCGCUCCCCGCUGGCCUGUGGAGUGUGAAGUCAUCCAGGAGACGAUUGAGCACAUCGAGUGGGUCCCCCCUAAACCGGAGCCCUUCUGCCCACCCAUGGGCCUGGAGCAGGCCCUGUACACCCUCAGUGAGGAGCAGGGCACCGUUGUCUACCACUCCAGCCCAGCGCCCCAAGGCUCCUGCUUUACCCGUGCUCGGGUUGGGGGUGCCCCGGGGCCACUCUCCUCGCCAGCAGCCCCCUUGGAGGGUCCCCAGGACACCACGCUGCUCUUCGAGUCCCGCUUUGAGAGUGGGAACCUCCAGAAGGCCAUCAAGGUGGGUCCCUACGAGUACGUGCUGACGCUGCGGCCGGACCUGUACACGGCCAAACACACGCAGUGGUUCUACUUCCGUGUCCAAAACACUCGUCAGGAGCCGCUCUACCGCUUCACCAUCGCCAAUAUGGCCAAGCCCAAGAGCCUCUACGGCCAGGGCCUGCAGCCACUGCUCUACUCCCAGCAGGAUGCUCAGAGCCAUGGCAUAGGCUGGCGCCGGGUGGGGACUGACAUCUGCUACUACCGUGGCAGUGCGGGGGAGCCGCCGAUGUUCCGGCUCAGCUGGACGGUGCGCUUCCCGCACGACGGCGACACGUGCUUCUUCGCCUCCUGCUACCCCUACACCUACUCGGACCUGCAGCGCUACCUGCGCGCGCUGGCGGCCGACCCGGCGCGCUCGCGGUACUGCGCGGUGCAGGCGCUGUGCCGCAGCCUGGCCGGCAACACCGUGUACCUGCUGACCAUCACCAGCCCAGGCGGCACGGCCGGCAAGCGGGUGGUGGUGGCGAGCGCCCGCGUGCACCCUGGAGAGAGCAGUGGCUCCUGGGCCAUGAGGGGAUUCCUCGAUUUCCUGCUGAGCGCCCACGCGGACGCGAGGCUCCUGCGCCGCCUCUUCGUCUUCAAGGUGGUGCCGAUGCUCAACCCCGACGGGGUGGUGGUGGGCAACUCCCGCUGCUCCUUGGCGGGACGGGAUCCCAACAGGGCCUAUGGGAUGGCGCUUCCCGGCUCCUUCCCUGGUGUGUGGCACCUGCGGGCCAUGGUCCAGAGGGUGCUGGCAGAGCGGGAGGUGCUGCUGUACUGCGACUUCCACGGGCACAGCCGGAAGAACAACGUCUUCAUGUACGGCUGCGAUGCCGGCGGGGACGGCACCGGGACACGGCUGCGCCAGCGCGUGUUCCCCCUGAUGCUGAGCAAAAACGCCCCUGACAAGGUGGGACACGGAUCCCUCAGGGCCACGUGUUGUGUUGACAGUGGGAAUGUGGCCACCAUGCUGCUUCCCGAGCUGUCCCUCUGGGGUUGGGACCCCUCUGACCCGGGGGCCCUCCAGUUCUCUUUCUCCAGCUGCAAGUUCCAGGUGCAGAAGAGCAGAGAGGGGACAGGCCGGGUCUCCAUGUGGCGCCUGGGUGUCUCCCACAGCUACACCCUAGAGGUGGCUUUCAGUGGCUCCACGCUGGGUGAGAGGAGGAGCUCACACUUCAGCGUGGAGGACCUCGGGUCACUGGGCCGUCUCCUCUGUGACACCCUGCUUGACUUCUGCGACCCUGCACCCGCCAAGUUCCAGCAGUGCCUGGUGGAGGCAGAUGCACUCCUGCAGCAGCAGAUGGGUCGUGAGCUGGGCUCUGGAGGCAGCUGGAGCGAUGUGUCCCCCUCAGAGCUUGAGUCCAGCACCAGUGGCUCUGACAGUUCUGUGUCCGAUGGGAUCCCAGGUGACUUCCACAGCCCCGACUGGCCAGUGAGUUCCCAUGUGCCACUGAUUUUGAGGUGGGAGGGAUGCAGAGCCAGGGUGGAACAAGGUGACAGAGGGUGCAGAUGUCCCAGUGCCACUUUACCACCCAGCACAGAUGGAGCCAUGCAGGAGGAAGCGGUUGCAGAGACAGAGAGCAAGGAAUUCCCUGCGCCGAACAAACCGGAGCCUCACCAGCUUCCCGGUGAGCCUGGAGCCACCACAGUUCGUCCAGGCCCGGAGGGGACAGUCCUGCAGGGAGACUUGUCCCCAGUGCUGUCCCACACACCUCAAGUGGGUCUGACCCCUCUCCUGUGCCUCCCAGGCUGGGACCCGCAGGCAUCCAGUUCUUCCUGGUGUCCAGAGUGGAGGUGGCAGUGCGGGAGAGAAGCCCAAAGCCAGCUCCAGUGCCACCUUUCCCAGGGCAGCUGGAGCAGGGAAUGUCCCCCAUGCCAUCGCAGGAGAGGUGCCCGGAGCCGACUCUGGAGUGGCCCUUCCCAGGGCACCUGAAGCAGGAAAUGGCCGCUGUGCUACCACGGGAAGGCAUCAGCUGGACAAUGGCACAAGCGCUGUGACACACCACAGGCCCCCACUGAGCUCCUGCCGCCGUGGUGCCACCAGUGACUAUUCCCGGGAUCCAGCAUUGGGAGCGAUCCCGGGGCCAUCCUGGCAGCGGGGCAGGCGCAGGCCCCAGGACAGGGCACAUCCCCUCACUGUCCCUGCAGUGGCCUCACGCUGCUCCGCCUGCGCUCGGCAGUAAAGAUGCUGCCACUUCCGUGCCCAUGCCUGGUGCUGCCUGUUCUCAUUGCGAUGUCCCCUCAGGGGUCCCUUUGUCUCCGGGCCCCGUCAGAGUCUUGCUUGCACCCAAACCCGAGCCACCAUGGUGCCAGGCUAUGCCUGUGGUGUUACCUCGGGCCUACCACGGCGGUGUCACUUUGGGCUCUAGGGAUGCGGCGUCGCGAACUCUGCCACCCUGGCGUCUCCUCAGCCCUGCCACCACGCUGUCCCCCUGACCCCACGGUGUCCCCGCAGGCCCCGUGGGUG